UGUUUGUUCUUUAUGUUUAUUUGCAUGUACUACAAAUUGUACUAGAUAGAGAGUUAGUUUAAAACACAAAUCGAAACAAGUUUAUGGUUUUCAGAGGCGGAAUGUGGUUGAGUGGGGUGUGAGAUUGGCUUGUUGUUGAGGUGAUUUUGAGUUCUAGUUUGUUUGGUAUCGGCUUUACUAAGGUUUAGAAUUCAUAAUAGACUUGAAAAAGCUAAUGACUUUGACAUGCUUUAGACAUCGAUUUUACAUACUUGUUUUGGGAUCGAGUUUGUUAUUUGAAUUGAAUUUGUCGAUAGUGUGUAGUCUUUUGUUAUUCAUUUGGUGCGUAGCUUUGACUCUGUUUUAUUUUAGAGGAAAACACUUUUGCUAGUUGAUUAUAUUUUGUUUUGAUUUGUGUUUCUAACUAGUUUUGAAUUGUAAAAAACUAGUUAAAUGUGAGAUGGUUAUAUUUGGUUCGCUGUUAACUUAUGGAAUCCAUGUUUUUUAGGAAUGGCUCACCAGUUUCCUAAACGCAUUCUUCAAGAAGGUGCUGAGACGCAAAUGGAUAAGAUUAACAACACAUGUAGAAGGACGCUUCUGAAGGCGGUAAAGGUGGCUCUGAAAGAUGAGUAUGAGGAAGUUUUGAAAGACCCUGUCUUCGGGCCUCUUCUGGCGAUCAUAGAGAACAACCUCAUCUACUCAGGGAAGAUUAUUCACAGCUUCAUGUGCAAGCAGCUCAGGGUUUCCAAGCUUCACGAGCUGUGGUUUAUUUUUGCGAAGAGGCCUCUUAGGUUUUCUAUGCAAGAAUUUUAUGCUGUGACUGGAUUGAAGUACAAAGAGGAACCCGACGUAGACUUCAUUAACUGGAAGAAUGAUAAGGGGUUCUGGGCUAAUGCGCUGAAGACCAAUGCGAAGAUCAACUUAUAUACUAUAAGGGAUGAGCUCCUUAAGGUGUGUAACGAGUGGUCGUAUGUGGACAGAGUGAGGUUAGUGUAUCUGUCCAUUAUACAAUCAUUCCUCAUGGCUAAGGAUUGGAAAGUGUAUAUCCCUCAAGAAUACAUCCGCUUGGUGAUGGAUUUUGAGAAAUUGAGGAUGUAUCCUUGGGGUCUUCGCGCUUAUGAUGAGCUGAUUGCAUCAAUACUCAGAGCAAGAGAAGAUGUGCAUACGAAGAACAGCUACGUGUUGGAUGGAUUCUCAUAUGCGUUUCAGAUAUGGAUUAUGGAGGCAAUUCCAGACAUUGGUUCUAUGGUGGGUAAAAAAAUAAAAAAAAACGUGAAGAAAAUGAGAUGUAGGAAUUGGAAAGGUAGUGGUAAAGUAUCCUACCAAGAUAUCACCAGCCUAGAGUCCCACUUUGAUAAGGGAGAGCUGUUCACAUUUAUAUCAUCUACUGGUGAUUUCGAUGUGAUUGCUGAUACUGAGUUCCUUAGGGAAGAUGAAAAGAAGGACGAAAGAGUUGGUCGUAUUGUUGAAUUGAUCAAUGCGAAACAAGACUGGACGCAUUUCGAUUGGGAAGUUGAGUCUUUGCCUGCACAUAUGGACCUUUCUGAUUCAGAACAAGAUGAACCGGCUGAUGUUGCAGAAGAACCGUCAGAACAAGAGGAAGCGACUGUAGUUGCAGGGGAACCGGCUGUUACUGCGAAAAGAGGCAAGCGCAAGCUAAUUGAUCCUGGUGCCGAGUCUCGAAAGAAACAACUGCUUUGUCAACGUGCGGCUGAACACAACAGUGGUGUCUCUAGUGAAAUGAAGACCUUCAUUGAAGGUUUGUUCACCGCUUCUUUCAACUCUUUUAAGGAAGUGGUGCAGAAGGACAUACAUGAGCGUUUUGACAACGUUGCCAAUGAGGUGUCUCAACUCAAGGAACAAGUCUCUCAGCUUAAGGGUCUAUCGGAAACAGUGGGAAAAGGCAACACAUCCGAGAUUCUCUCUCCUUCAGCAACAAUUGGAAAAGACCAAGGACCAUCAUCUCAUAGUACGGGUCCUCCCGCAGGAAAGGGAAAAGGCAAGGCAUCUGCAAAUGUGGAUCCUCCUCCGGUUCGUCGUAGCCCUCGGCCAGUAAGAGAGGUAACCAAAAAAUGAAGCUCUGUGUAUUUUGCUAUGUCGACUCUUUUGAUGUAAUGUCCUUGUAUUGUAAUAUGUAAUAUAUCGGCUUGUAUGAACUAAUGAUGAUGACUUGUGGGAUUGACUAUUUUGUAAUGUACUUUUCUAUAUUUUGCUAUGGACUGUCUUUUUAGUAUUAAUGUUA